AUGCGUAACCCGAUCGAUGUCACGGCCACACAUGAGAGCGAACUGGAGGUGAAGAAGGAUGAAGCACAUAUUGAAGAAGUCGUGCUUGCCAACCUGACCGAGGAGGAUGUCUUUAGGAUCUCCCAGGAAGCACUAGAUCUUCGGUCUUGGACUGGUUUCCGCUUAUUCUUGAUCAUCUUCGUCCAAGGAUGCAACCAAGCUGGCUAUGGUAUUGACUGGGCCGUUAUCAGUGGCAUCAAUGCCUUGCCAGCAUGGCAUACCUAUUUUGGAUUUGGAACUAGCGGAGGCACAUACGGCUUGCUCAACGCCUUGAUGAAUAUUGGCAUCGUCUGUGGGGCCCCGUUCCUGUCGUUGGCGGACAUAAUCGGUCGACGGGGGAUCAACUUUCUCGGCAACUUCAUUGUGAUCGUGGGCGCGGUCCUCCAGGGCUGCGCUGUGAACCUCUCAAUGUUCAUGGCGGCCCGGUUCCUCCUGGGAUUCGGGUCUGCACUCCUGUCCAGCUCUCAAUACGUGGGCGAGGUCGCCCCGACCCACCUCCGUGGCUUAAUCGUCGGCAUUUUUGGUGCAUGUUUCCAGAUAGGCAGUCUGGCUAUGAACGGGGCCAUGAUCGGACUAACCAAGAUAGAAGGGAACUGGAGCUGGCGACUCCCACUCCUUCUGGAAGCCGUCUUUCCCGCGAUAGUCUGUGCUACCAUCUACCUCCUCACCCCCGAAUCGCCCCGUUACUACAUCAUGCGCGGGAGGAGAGACGCUGCCAAGCAAAUGGUUGCAAGGUACCACACGACCAGCGGCGAUAUCAAUGAGCCCAUUGUUGAGAUCGUCGUAUCGCAGAUUGAGGCGUCUCUUGAGCAUGACCGGACAGGCUUCAAUCAGUUCUGGGACUACCGGGUCUUUUUCACAAAGAUGGCCCGCUUCCGACUCCUUGUUCUCUUCCUCUACUCCAUCUUCCAGCAGUGGAAUGGCGGAGGUAUCAUUACGUACUACAUGGUCCCCGCUCUGGAAACAAUCGGAAUCAAGAAUUCGAAGCAGCAACUUGGUAUCCAGCUCGGCACCACAGCCGUCUACUUCGUGUUUACCGGUGUAGGGGCGCUCAUCAUAGACAAGUUCCGAAGGCGGACGUUGAUCUUCACGGGCCUCGCAACCAUGAUCCUCUUCCAGUUUGCCGCCACAAUUACCUCCUGGCAGUUUGAUGUCACGGGAAACAAGGCAGCCGCUGCGUUGACUAUCCUUUGGAUCUACCUCUACCAGACCUUCUCCGCUAUGCUGAUUGCCACCAUGCACAACCUGUACCCCGUUGAGAUCCUGUCUCUGCCGCUCCGUGCCAAGGGAAUGGGUCUCUACGGGCUGAUCCAGGGCGGCGCGGGUGCCGUCCAAACAUACGGUAUCAGUGUUGGAAUCCAGAAGCUCGGUUACAAGAUUUGGGUGGUCUAUAUCGUCUACAACAGUAUCCAACUCGUUCUGUCGUACUUCGUCUUCCCAGAGACAUCUAGGCUGUCUCUCGAAGAAAUCGACGCCGUGUUCGAGACGCCGGGCAUGGCGCCCGUCAAGAUGUCUUUGGACAUCCAGAAGGCGAAGAAGGAGAGGGCAGCGGCCACUCGGGAUGAGGAGGUGCGACACUAA